AUGGCGCCCCGGGGGCCCCCGCGCGCCCCGAAGCGCCCCGGCCCGGCCCGCGCCCGCGCCCCGCGCCCCAGGGGCCUCGGGCGGCCGCUGCCGCUGCCGCCGGUGCUGCCGCUGCUGCUGCUGCUGCUCGCGGGGCGGCCGGCCGGGGCGGGCGGGCCGGAGCGGGGCCGGCGGGGCGCGCUCGUCAGCUCGUCGUUCGUGCUCAAGGGGGACGCGGCGCACAACCAGGCGAUGGUGCACUGGACGGGCGACAACAGCAGCGUAAUCCUGAUCCUGACCAAGUAUUACCACGCAGACAUGGGCAAGGUUCUGGAAAGUUCUUUGUGGCGGUCCUCGGACUUCGGGACGACGUACAACAAGCUGACACUGCAGCCAGGGGUCUCCACCGUCAUUGACAACUUCUACAUCUGUCCGUCCAACAAGAGGAAGAUCAUCCUGGUCAGCUCCUCGCUGGGUGAUCGCGCCCAGAACCUGCUCCUGAGCACGGAUGAGGGUGCUUCAUUCUUCACGCAGCCAGUGCCCUUUGCUGUGGACUCACUGCUCUUCCACCCCAAGGCCGAAGACAAGGUGCUGGCCUGCAGCAAGGACAGCAAGCUCUACGUGUCUGUGGACCUAGGGAGGACAUGGACGCUGCUGCAGGCCCGCGUGACCAAGGACCACGUGUUCUGGGCUGUGUCUGGGGUGGACGCCGACCCCGACUUGGUCCACAUGGAAGCCCAGGACCGGGGAGGAGUCUGCCGCUACAUCACCUGCCACCUGCACAAUUGCUCGGAGAAGUCUCAGGUCACUCACUUCGCAGGCGCCAUCGACCCCGGCUCUCUGACAGUGCAGGAUGAUUACGUCUUCCUCAAGACAACCUCAGCAAACCGCACCAAGUACUACGUCUCGUACCGCCGUGGUGAGUUCAUCCUGAUGAAGUUGCCCAAGUAUGCGCUGCCCAAGGAUCUGCAGAUUAUCAGCACAGACGAGAACCAGGUGUUCGUGGCGGUGCAGGAAUGGGAUCAGACGGACACCUACAACCUCUACCAGUCCGACCCCCCCGGUGCCCGCUACGCUCUGGUGCUGGAGGAUGUGCGCAGCUCCCGGCGGGCAGAGGACAGUGUGUUGAUCGACGUGCUGGAGGUGCGGGGUGUGAAAGGUGUCUUCCUGGCAAACCAGAAACGCAAUGGCAAGGUGGUAACGCUUAUUACUUACAACAAGGGCCGAGACUGGGAUUAUCUGCAGCCCCCCAGCACCGACAUGAACGGGAAGCCCACCACCUGCAGCCCGCCUGCCUGCCACCUGCAUCUCCACCUGCGCUGGGCUGACAACCCCUACGUGUCGGGCACCGUCCAUACCAAGGAUACUGCCCCUGGCCUCAUCAUGGGUGCAGGGAACCUGGGCUCGCAGCUGGUGGAGUACAAGGAAGAGAUGUACAUCACAUCAGACUGUGGACACACCUGGCGCCAGGUGUUCGAGGAGGAGCACCACAUCCUCUACCUGGACCACGGCGGCGUCAUUGUGGCCAUCAAGGACACCUCCAUCCCCUUGAAGAUCCUCAAGUUCAGCGUGGAUGAGGGCCUCAGCUGGAGCGCACACAACUUUACCAGCACAUCUGUGUUCGUGGACGGGCUGCUCAGUGAGCCAGGCGACGAGACGCUGGUGAUGACUGUCUUUGGCCACAUCAGCUUCCGCUCUGACUGGGAGCUGGUCAAGGUGGACUUCAGACCUGUCUUCUCCAGACCCUGCCGGGAGGAUGACUAUGAUUCCUGGGACCUCACUGGCCUUCAGGGUGACCGCUGUGUCAUGGGCCAGCAGCGCAGCUACCGGAAGAGGAAGGCCUCAUCCUGGUGUGUGAAGGGCCGGAGCUUCUCGGCCGCGCUCAAUGCCCGAGUGUGCCAGUGCAGCGACGCCGACUUCCUAUGUGACUAUGGCUUUGAGCGCAUCCCAGCACCUGACACCAAUGCCGCAGGCACCCACGAGUGCGCUCCCAGCUUCUGGUUCAACCCACUGGCUGCUCCCGAUGACUGUGCCCUGGGCCACACCUACCCCAGUAGUGUCGGGUAUCGGAAGGUGGUGUCGAGCGUGUGCGAGGGUGGCUUGGACCUGCACCAGGAUCCAGUGCAGCUGCAGUGCCCUCUGAGUGCGCCACGGGGCCUGCGGGUCAGCAUCCGUGGGGAGGCCGUGUCCGUGCGGCCCGGGCAGGACGUACUGUUCGAGGUGCAGCAGGAGCAGGGGGAUGUUCUGACCACUAAGUACCAGGUGGACCUUGGGGACGGCUUCAAGGCCAUGUAUAUGAACCUGACGCUGAGCGGGGAGCCCAUUCGGCACCGCUACGAGCAGCCUGGUGUGUAUCGCGUGUGUGUGCGAGCAGAGAACACGGCCGGGCACGACGAGGCAGUGCUCUUCGUCCAGGUCAACUCCCCCCUGCAGGCCCUCUCUCUGGAAGUGGUCCCUGUGGUGGGUGUCGGCCAGGACGUGAACCUCACAGCUGUGCUACUGCCCCUGAAUCCCAACCUCACAGUCUUUUACUGGUGGAUCGGCCAGAGCCUGCAGCCCCUGCUGUCCCUGGACAACUCUGUGCACACGAGGUUUGCGGAGCCAGGAGAUGUGCGGGUGACAGUGCAGGCCGCCUGCGGGAGCUCAGUGCUGCAGGACUCCAGAGUGGUUCGCGUGCUUGAGGAGUUUCCGGUGGUGCCGUUGCAGUUUUCCCAGGCCCUGGAUGCACACAACCCCAACACCCCAGAAUGGAGGGAGGACAUCGGCCUGCUGGUCUCCCGGCUCCUCUCCAAGGAGGCUGGGGUGCCCGCGGAACUGCUCAUAGCCGUUCUGAGACCAGGGCUGCCCACGCUGGCUGACCUGCAUGUGCUGCUGCCUACAAAGAAGCAAAGCUCACUCUGCUUCCAGAGGCUGGCAGCCGUGCAACAGGCACUGCGGGAGCAGAAGGUCAGCUUCCUGCUGCGGGGUGGCGAGCGCGUGCUGGUGGGCGUGAGGGCCACUGGCACAGACUCACAGCAGUCGGGCAGCAGCAGUGGCUACUGGGUGGCGGCCGUGCUUGCAGCUAUCGGGCUAGUCACCGUGGGAACCUUCGUCCUCUUCAAGUUUAAAAGGCAAGGCCACCGGGCCUCUCCACGCCGGGCUACGGGUGGGACCCUGGGCAACGGGUCCUGGACAGCUCUGCCCCACACGGUGUUGCCUGGGUGGGAGCAGCCACCAAUCUAGGGCCCCCUCUGCCUCACCCACCCACCCAGGGACAGCAGCGGUCAGGCUUGGGCACACAAAGACUUGCCUGGGGCCAUAGGGUGGGGUGGGAACAGCAGGCGCUGACCUUAGUCUAACCUAGAUUUUCCUAGUGACCCCCUAGUCCCUCUCCAGGGAUUCCCCAGGGACAGUAGCCAAGGGCUGAUGACACCCACGAGUGUCAGAGAAUUUGACACAGAGACCAACAGCAGGUGCUGUAGAAGUAGCUUCUGGCCUGACCAGAGACCCCAUUGGCUGC